ACACUUGCUAAAGUGAGCGAUGAAACGUUUGGUGCCAUGGGAUAUACAUAUACAGUCAUUGCUGUUUCUCUAUUGUGUAAGAUUACUGCAUUAAGAUCUUUCUCUCUGGAUAAACUACAUUAUUGGAGAGAAAGCCGAGCCGGAAUGAGCAGCCUCGCUUACUUCCUAGCAAAAGACACAGUUGAUCACUUCAACACCAUAGUUAAACCGCUUGUUUAUCUAUCCAUGUUCUACUUCUUCAACAAUCCAAGAUCAACAGUUACAGACAAUUAUGUUGUCCUAAUCUGUCUUGUAUACUGUGUGACUGGCAUAGCUUAUGCCCUGGCCAUACUUUUCGAACCUGGUCCAGCUCAACUAUGGUCAGUGUUACUUCCAGUGGUUCUGACUUUAAUUGCCACCAGUACAAACGACAACAAAAUCGUAGAUUCAAUCUCAGAGUUGUGCUACACGAGAUGGGCUCUUGAAGCUUUUGUGGUAUCAAACGCUCAAAGGUUACAAACCUGAUUUCUCCCUAUUAGGAAACUCCAUUGCAACCAUGCAUCUCUGCACUCUUUAGACCAUCUUGUUAAUGUCUGCACUCUUCCAUAUAUAUUUCAGAUAUAAAGGAGUCUGGCUUAUCACUCGGUGUGGGUCACUGAUGGAGAAUGGAUACAACAUCAAGCACUUCCCUCGUUGCCUCAUCUUCCUGACAUUAACAGGUAUCUUGAGCCGCUGUGCAGCUUUCUUUUGUAUGGUAACUUUCCAAAAGAAGUAGCUUUUAAGCUUCCAAAACCUCUUCCUUCUGUACCUGCAAAUCUCGGGAAACUCGAAAAUACCAAUUUCUUCCCUAUACGCGUCAAAUACACUCACAAAGGUUUUACAAGGAAGAACACAUCAUUUGCAGAAGAUAAUAGCCCGCCACACUGUUCAUAGGUCCAUC